AUGAUCAAUUACAAUAAGGAAAAAGCCAAAUAAACUAAUGUUCAGGCAUUGGCCCCAUUAAACUAUCAUAAACCAUAAGUAGACUCUUUUUAUUGUCCAACCGUUUAUAGAUAUGACAACCAAACUAAGGAUAAAAUAUCAGUCAAAUACUAGGAUGAUUAAUGGAUUCAUUUGGUUAUUCCAAAGAAUAAUGUCAACAUAUUUUAUUAAAAUCAUGAUAACUCAAUAAUAUUGAAAGAAAACUUUAAAAAUUCAGACACUGAUAUAAAAGAAAAGUAUCAAGAAAUUUGGUGUUAAGUAAAAAGUAUAAAUGACUUCUAUGUUUGA